UGUAUAUCUAAAAAACAUUAAUUUUGUAAAUAAUUAAUGCUAAUUAGUAAAAAAAUAAUAAAUAAAUUCUUAAGUUAUAGGGUAAUGCAGUAGAAAUCAUCUAUACAUAAACUCCAAUUUUUAAAUCUAGCAUUUAAUUCUCUUCCUGUAGAAGAAAAUAAAGAUAACACUCCUCAUCAAGUAAGAGGAGCAUUUUACUCAAAAGUUAAACCACAAGUCCGUAAGAACCCUAAAAUAGUAUCUCUAAGUGAAUCUGCUUUGAAUUUGUUAGACUUAAGCAAAGAAGAAGUUCUAAAAGACGAAAAAGAAUCUGCUGAGAUUUUAACUGGAAAUGUGAUUCCUUCAAAUGCAUAACCAAUCGCGCAUUGUUAUUGUGGCCACCAAUUCGGUUCAUGGGCAGCAUAAUUAGGAGAUGGUAGAGCUAUUAGUUAUGGAGAUAUCAGAAAUUAGAAAGGAGAAAUUAUAGAAUUGUAGUUAAAAGGUAGUGGUAUUACACCUUACUCUCGAUUUGCUGAUGGAAAUGCUGUGCUAAGAUCAUCAAUAAGAGAAUACCUUUGUAGUGAAGCAAUGCAUUUUUUAAAUAUCCCAACUACUAGAGCAGCAUCAAUUACAAUUACUGAAGAUUAAGCUAUGAGAGAUCCCUUGUAUAAUUAGUAAAUAGUUUAUGAAAAAUGUGCAGUUGUUUUAAGGUUAUCUCCUACUUUUAUUAGAUUUGGUUCAUUCUAGAUUUGCAAUAAAUAAGGUCCAAGUGAAGGAUUAGGAGAAUAAAUGAUUCCUGAGUUAUUAGAUUUUAUAAUUAAAAAUCACUACCCAGAAUUCAAUGGCAAAGAAGAUAAAUAUAUGCUUUUUUUGCAAGAAAUUACUAAAAGAACAGCUCAAUUAGUAGCAAAAUGGCAAUCUGUCGGAUUUUGUCAUGGAGUUCUUAAUACUGAUAACAUGAGUAUUGUAGGAGUAACUAUAGAUUACGGGCCUUUUGGAUUUAUGGAGCAUUUUGAUAAAAAGCAUAUCUGUAAUCACUCAGAUAAAGAAGGAUAUUACUGUUAUCAGAACUAACCAAGUGCAUGUAAAUGGAAUCUUCUUAGAUUAAUAGAGGGUAUAAAAUGGGCAGUAAACGAAGAAUAAGCUAAAGAAUAUGUCAUUCAAAAUUUCGAUAAAAUAUAUUAUGAUCACUAUUAUACUUUGAUGAGAAGAAAAAUAGGAUUGUUUAGAGAGGAUUUGUAUGAAAAAAAUUUAUAAUUAGACAAGAAAAUCAUCAAUAACUUAAUGGAUUAUAUGGAUUCUUCUGGAAGUGAAUUUACUAAUUUCUUUAGAAAACUAAGCCAAAUAAAGUUAUCAAAGGAAUCUUUUGAUGAAAAUGGAAAUGUUAAAAUUGAGUAAUCUGAUUAAGAACUUAUAAAAGAUUUGCUAGGCUUUUCAGCAUAAAAGGACUCAAUAAUAGAAAGAUAAAAACCUAUGUUUGAUGAAUCACAACUAUUCUAAAUUAAAAAUCUUUAGAAGUCUAAUCCUAUGGUUUUAGCGAUGAAAGGUAUUACUGAGAAAUUCAUACAAGAAUAAGAGGAAAAACUUGAGAAGUAUUUUGAAAUAAAAGAUUUAACUGAAGAAGAAUACAUAGAAAAUAAUGAAUCAUCACUAAGAAUUUGGUUUAAGCUUUAUAAAAAAAGAUUGGCUGAAGAAAUUUAAGGAGAUAGUAUUGAUUUUGAUUUAAUUAAUCUAGAGAGAAAAUAAAAAAUGGACUCAGUUAACCCAGCAGUAGUUCUAAGAAAUUAUAUGGCUUAGUAAGUUAUUGAAUAAGCUGAAAAGGGAGAUUAUAGUGGAAUUGAAAAGUUAUUAAAGGUAUUAUCAAGGCCUUAUGAAGACGUCAAAGAAAAUGAUUAAGAAAUAAAAAUUUGUAAAAUUACUCCUGGCUGGGCGUCAAAAUUGUGUGUAAGUUGUUCAUCAUGAUUAUUUUCUUUGAUUUAAAAAUCAUAAAUUUGUGGAGUGAUUAUAAAAGUAAAACUUAUUAAUAUAAUAAUAAUAAUUAAAUAAAUAAUAUAUAUAUUGUUUUCUUCAAUUUUUCUUUAAUUUGUAGCCAGCUUAAGUUAGGUUUAAUCUCAUGUAUUACUUUAGCUGCUUUAAAGUUAAUUACAAUAGAUCAUGAUUUAAAUAAAUACACUUGAUUUU